AUGGACGAUUUUUUGGUUUUUGGAAAAACUAUUGCUGAUCCGUGGAAUAGAGUGUGUUCGUUGGAUAAACCAAUAAUUCUUUUUGUUGAAUUUUGCCAAAUUAUUGGGCCAAGACCUUUAUUUUCUUAUCCAGAAGAUGCUUGUCUUAACCAUUUACUCGAGGAACUUUCCCUUUGGUUAAUGAGUUCUGAUAAUUUUCAUGGGAAUUUUACUUCAGCUUAUAAUCAACAACUUGGGGUUUAUGUUUUAACUCAAUAUGCUACAAUGUUGGAUAUAACUGCUAGAGCUUUACAGAGACCAUUUGCUCUAUCACUUGUAUUGCCACAACAAAAACCAACACCCGAACAAAUUUUAAUUUUUAGACAAAUUUCAAUGGAAAUUCUUUUACCUUUACUUUCCUGUAAUCGUUACUAUAUUCAUUCAAUGCUUACUUUUGCUUCUAAAUUGGCUGAUAAUUGUGAAAAAACAAAUUUCCAAUCUUAUUAUUCUACAUCAGGAAAUGUUCAACAAAUUGUUGUUUUGUCUAGUAAAAUUAAGGAAAUUAUGUUACAGGUAAAUUAUUUGUUUUGCCUUGUGUUUUAAUCUUUGUUGUGUUGUUGGGAUUUUGUUUUUCAGAAUUCUUUGUGUUUUUAUUGUUUUGUUGAAGUUCUGAUUUGUUUUAAUUAUAUUCUGUUGUGUGUUUUGUUUUUGUUUUUCUGAAAUUCUGAUUUGUGUUUUUUGUAUUGUUGAAAGGUUUGUUUUGUUGAUAUUCUGAUUUUCUGAAUUCUGAUUUUUUUGUGUUUCUUUCGCAUUUCUGUUUUGUGUUUUAUUGUUUUACAAUAAUUCUGAUUUGUUAUUUGUUUCUUCCUAAUUUGUGUUUUUAUUUU